AUGUAUAUACAUAUACUCAUCAGCAUGGAAAUUAAGAAUAAAGCGGAAAAUUUAACGAUUAGCAAUCUUUUCAGAACAGAUGAUAAUAGAGGAAAGACAAAUAUGAUCAUGGAUAAUAAGAGCAAGCUAAUAAUAGAUAGUGAAAAGAAGAAAAACAUAUGGUCUAUAUUUACGAAAUUAGAUGAUAGUAAUAAUAAAAAAGAUGACGACGAUUUGAAUAGUAGUAUUCAUUUAAAUGAUAAUUGUAUUAAUUAUGAUGAAAAUGAAAGUAUCGAGAAUUUUUUUUCUCCAAGAAAUAUAAUGGAAAAAGAUAAAAAGAAUAUUACAUAUUCUAAUGGUACCUUAUUUAAAAAUACAGAACAGAAUUAUGAAAUUAAAAAUGAAAUAGAAAAUAUAUCUAAUAGUUUUAAACGUAAAUAUAAUAUAUUAUUAACAGAAAAAACGGAUGAUAAUAUGUUAAAUGAUAUAAUAUCAAUUAAAAAGAUGAAGAAAGAUCAAAAUGUGAAUUGUCCAAGUUAUAAUUCGUAUAGAGAGUUUUUUUUAAAAAGUGGGGGAAACAAAAGUAUUAGUAGUAGUAAUAGUAAUGGUCAUAGUAAUGGUCAUAGUAAUGGUCAUAGUAAUGGUCAUAGUAAUAGUCAUAGUAAUAGUCAUAGUAAUAGUCAUAGUAAUGGUCAUAGUAAUAGUCAUAGUAAUAAUCAUAGUAAUAGUCAUAGUAAUAGUCAUAGUAAUAGUCAUAGUAAUAGUCAUAGUAAUAAUUGUUAUACACUUAAUAGUAACGAUUUUGCUUUAAAUAAUAAUAAUACUAAUUUGAUUCUUUGUGCUAAUAAUGAGAGUCCAUUUAGUAGUAAUAGCUCUUUUAUGAAUAAUAAAAUGAUAUAUAAUAAAAUAGAAAAUGAUGAUAUAUCUAGAAGAAUGAAGAAAAUAAAUAAUAUAGAACAUUUUAAACCUAUUAAUACUUUAAAUGAUAAAAAUAUAAUUAUGAAUACUACUUCUAUUAAAUCUACUACUUCAACAAUUUCAACGAGUUCAUCUAUUACAACACACGCAGGUCCAAUAAGAAAUACAAAAUAUGUAGAUGAUAAUGACAUGAAUAGUUCAGGACAAAAUAUUCAAAUACACAAUAAUGUGGAAAAAGUUGAUAGUAAUAAUAAAAAUUAUAGUAGUUACAAUAAUGUAAAUCAUUACAGUAAUAAUAAUAAUAAUAAUAAUAAUAAUAAUAAUAAUAAUAUUACUAAGACAACAAAUGUUAUUAAGAAGAAAAAUAUUUGUGUACCUGUGAAAUCAUUAAAUAUACAACAUAAAAAAAAACUAUAUAAUUCAACUCCAAAUAAAAAAGUACAUACGUUUCAUAAAAAUGAUAAAUUUGAUAUAUUAGGUAAAUUAGGUGAUGAUGUAUUUAGAUAUAUUAUAUCAUGUGUAAAAAAUAAAAAUUUAUUGUUAUUAAAUAAAAGAUGUUGUGAACUUAUACGUUCCUUAAGAAUAAAAUUAAUAUAUGAUGAAUCUUUAAAAAGUUCUAUAUCACCAGAUAGUAUAAUGAAAACAAUAUAUUUAUCAGAGAACAUUGAAAUAUUAGACUUGUCAGGUUGUUCUCAUUUAACAUCUCAUCAUUUUCAUGUUUUUUCUAAUUGUAAUAAUAUAAAAUUUCAAAAGACCUUAAAAGUAUUAUGUUUAAAAAAUUGUAAUAAAAUAUCCGAUUCAAGCUUAAAACUUUUAUUACAUAGAUUCAAAAAUUUAGAAGUUGUAGAUAUACGUAAUUGUUAUAAAAUUAGUCAUGAAGGUAUUUAUCCUUUAAAAUUUAAACAUACAUUAAAAAAAUUAUAUAUGGGAAAUCUUACUUCAUCAAAUGUAACAAAUUGCCAUUCCAAUGAUUCUUUAAAAGUAUUAUUUAAUAGUAAAAAGGAUAAUAUACAAUUAGAUACAGUUUUAAACAAUUUAAUAGCCUUAGAAAUAACUAAUGUGAAACUAUUAGAUGAUAUAUCACAUCUAUAUAUGAUUGCUAAUAAUCUAAAGAUUCUUAAUUUUAAAGGUUGUCCUAUUGAUGAUACUUCUUCAAAUUAUUUUCAACAUUUCAAAAACUUACUUGCUCUUAAUUUGUCAGAAACAAAUAUAUCGAAUCAUUUACUAAAUGUCGUUAUAAAAAAUUCAACAAAAUUAAAAGUACUAGAUAUUUCUAAAACUCCGGAAAUACUUAAUAGUACCAUUUUGGAAAUACCAAAAAAGUUGAAGCACUUGAAAAAGGUUAAGUUAGCCCACUUGCAAAACGUUGAUAACUUUUGCUUGAGAGAAUUUUUGAAGUACUGUAAGGAUCUAACAUGCAUAGACUUUUCAAACUGUUGGAAAGUCAACAACACUUUUUGUAAUUUAAAUGGUUUGGAAAUCGCCGCAGGAAAUAAAUUAAAAGACAUCGGAGCCUAUCAAUGUUCUAUUGACAGAAAAUCUUGCGAAGGAUGUUUCGCAGAACUUGGAUGUAUAUCCUUACGUGUUCAUGUUUAUAAUGAGCUAUUUUUAUUUGAGACAUCCAUUUAUACUGAUAUUAAAUUACUUGAAGACGAUUAA